AUGGAAACCGCUUCAUGUCCAGUUCUGAACCCCCUUCGCUUUUCCAGCAUCACCAACAAUAAUAGCAGAUUGUGUGAUAUUGUGAGGACCCAUUUGCAUUUUCUACCUUCAUUUUCUCCCACUUUCCCGAGGAAGUUGAAUUUUUGCGGCAAAAGUUUGCAGUUCAAUCGGUUCACUGUGUUGAGCUCACCGUCCAGUCAUUUGCAUCAAAACCCAUCUCAAGAACUUGCUGUUCUUCUUGAAGUUGAAGGGGUACUAAUGGAUGUGUAUCGCUUGGGCAAUCGGCAAGCCUUCAAUGUAGCAUUUCAAAAGCUUGGACUGGACUGUGCGAAGUGGACUGAACCAAUCUAUUUAGACCUUCUAAGGAAGAGCGGUGGUGAUGAGGAAAGGAUGUUGGUCUUGUAUUUUAACCAGAUUGGUUGGCCUACGUCACUGCCCACAGCUGAGAAGGGUUCGUUCAUGAAAAGUGUUCUGCGAGAAAAGGUACAUAUUCGAACAAUUGAAAAGGAAUGUAGGAAGGACGAUGUCACAUUAAAUUUUACUCACGUCUGCUUGAAAUGGAGUGAAAUUGAUUUAGUAGAAAAGGAAGAACCUCCCCCUUCUCAACUUUCCAUAUAA